GGAAAGGGGUGCCCGCCCACUGGACACGCGUGCUACAGUCUCCAUUAGUCUAGGUUAGUCUAGUAGCUGUAUGGAUUACUCCCGUCUGUACUAUUAUUCCAGACACUUUUUGCUGGAAGCCUGGCCAAUUCAUUUCCAUCGAUUCCAAUCUGUCCCCUUAAACCUAAGCGGAACCACGACAAAGGAUACUCAAGACAUCUGCAGCCCAUUUGUGCCAGUCCUUCCCAUCGUGUUCGAACGUAGGGUCUCGUGCUUUGUUGCAUUCGAUAGAUCCCCCCCGAUACACUUACACGUACACGUACACUCACGUGCGCCUUCGUUUCCAUCUGAUCUUGAUCUAGCAAUUUCAAGUCAGCCAGCCCGCUCAGCUGUCGAUCGAUUUGGUCGCCUUCGACGUCCACCAUUGCUGCGCACCCGUGUCCGUCGAUCCAAUUCUCACAGCACCACUUCGACUCCAGUCUCGUCUCGAUCCCGUCGUAGAACAAGAUGGCUUCGUUGCACAAAGUUGAAAACAGCCCGCCGCUGUCCGUCUUGGCGUACUGCUUGUCCUCGAUUUCCAUGACUGUGGUGAACAAAUAUGUUGUUUCCGGCACAUCAUGGAACUUGAACCUUUUCUACCUGGCUGUUCAGUCGAUAGUCUGCGUUAUCACAAUCGAGGCUUGCAAGCAGAUGGGCUUCAUCAAGAACCUGGCCCCCUUCGACAUGACCAAGGGCAAGCGCUGGUUCCCCGUUGCGCUACUGCUCGUCGGAAUGAUCUAUACCUCCACCAAGGCCCUGCAGUUCUUGUCGGUCCCCGUCUACACCAUUUUCAAGAACUUGACCAUCAUUGUCAUCGCAUACGGCGAGGUCCUCUGGUUCGGUGGUAGCGUCACCCCACUGGCUCUGCUCUCCUUUGGUCUCAUGGUUCUGUCCUCUGUCGUUGCCGCUUGGGCUGAUCUUAGCCAUGCCAGCACCCAGACCGCCGAGGCCGCUGAGGCCCUGGCCACUCUGAACGCCGGUUAUGCAUGGAUGGGUCUGAACGUUUUCUGCACUGCUUCAUACGUUCUGGGUAUGCGCAAGGUCAUCAAGAACAUGAACUUCAAGGAUUGGGAUACCAUGUAUUACAACAACCUGCUCACCGUCCCCGUCCUCUUGAUCGGCUCCCUCCUUGCCGAAGACUGGUCCAGCGUCAACUUCCAGAAGAACUUCCCCGUCGAGUCCCGUAACGCUUUGAUGAUCGGCAUGAUCUACUCGGGAAUGGCCGCCAUCUUCAUCUCCUACUGCUCUGCCUGGUGCAUCCGAGUCACCUCCUCGACCACCUACUCCAUGGUUGGUGCCUUGAACAAGCUUCCGAUCGCUGUUUCUGGCCUCGUUUUCUUCGCAGCCCCGGUCACCGUCGGUUCCGUUUCGGCCAUCUUCAUCGGUUUCGUCUCUGGUAUUGUCUACGCUUGGGCUAAGGUUCGCCAGUCGCAAGUCAGCAAGUCCAUCCUGCCUACUACGCAGCCCAUGAGCGCCAGCUCCCAGAGCACCCGCGAUGCCGCUAAGUCGUAAAUAUCUUUGCGCAACGCGGAGACCAUGGCUUGGACGUUUAUCCUAUCAUCACAGGGCAAGGGAUGGAUAGGGCUGUGAUUUAU